AUGGAGACACAUCAGUGUGACACCUGUGGGAAGAGCCUUUCCUCAUCCAGUAGCCUCAAGCAGCACAGCAAGAUCCACACUGGAGAGAAGCCCCACAGCUGUGACCUCUGUGGUAAAUGCUUUAUCCAUGCUGGUAGUUUAAGAGUUCACACCAGAAUCCAUACUGGAGGAAAGCCUUACAGCUGUGAUCUCUGUGGUAAACGUUUUGUCCAUGCUGGCAGUUUAAGAGUUCACACCAGAAUCCAUACUGGAGAAAAGCCCUACAGCUGUGACAUCUGUAGUAAAACGUUUAGCCGUGCUUCUAGUUUCAGAAUUCACACCAGGAUCCAUACUGGAGAGAAGCCCUACAUCUGUGACCUCUGUGGUAAUAACUUUAGCCAGGCUGACAGUUUAAGAGUUCACACCAGAAUCCAUACUGGAGAAAAGCCCUACAGCUGUGACAUCUGUAGUAAAAAGUUUAGCCGUGCUUCUAGUUUCAGAGUUCACAACAGGAUGCACUCUGGAGAGAAGCCAUACAGCUGUGACCUCUGUGGUAAAUCCUUUAGCCAGGUUGGCCAUUUCAUAGUUCAUCGCAAGAGCCACACCGGGGAGAAGCCCUACAGUUGUGACCUCUGUGAUAAAUCCUUCAGCCAACCUAGCAGUUUCAAAGUUCACCUCAUAAGGAAACACACUGGAGAGAGGCCCUACUUCUGUGAAUGCUGCAAUAAAUUAUUCUGUACCUCUACUGAGUUGAAAAGGCACAUGAUGAUCCACACUGGAGAGAAACCCUACAGCUGUGACCUGUGUGGGAAAACUUUUAGCCAGAUUGGCCAUUUCAGAGCUCACAGCAGGGUCCACACUGGAGAGAAACCCUACAGCUGUGACCUCUGUGGUCAAACCUUUAGCCUGAAGGGGGAUUUCAGAGUUCACUGCAGGAUCCACACUGGAGAGAAGCCCUACAGCUGUGACCUCUGUGGUAAAACUUUUACCCGGGCUGGCAAUCUUAGAACUCAUUGCAGGACCCACACUGGAGAGAAGCCCUACAGCUGCCCACACUGUGACUAUUCAGGUAAAACAAAUGGCAAUCUGAAGAGUCACCUGCGUAUCCAUGAUAAAAAACAAACCAAAGCAGUGAUGUCUGGGGCCAAGCUGUCCCAGCAGUCACCACCUGAGAAAACUUCUACAUGACCCACAGCUGGAAGAACUACUGGCCUACACCUACUGGGA